AUGAUUUUACCAUCGAUUUCUAUUACUCAUUUUGUAUGUAAUGCUAUUCUUGGAACUUCUCAUGUCGUGAAUCUUGAACGUCAACACCAAAAAGUGGCCGAAGAGAUCGUAUUCUUGCUGAAGUCAACCGAUUAUUCAGAAAUUGAUGUGGAUCAUGAAGAUGUUCUCGAAUUUUGUGACGAUCCGAGUGAUCCAGGUGAUAUUUUUUUUUUGUGGAAAAAAUUAUAAGUUUUUUUCAAGAUUACGAUCCCAACAUGGAAGAUCAAGAGGCAUCUGAUGGUGGAAAAGCAAAACUAGUGCGAUUCGGUGAUCAAUUAAUUGAACCUGAAAGAGUACAAGAAGCUGUUGAUUUUUGGUCGUCCACCACCGGAAAAUCAAGCAAUGGUGGAAAAAAGAGAAGAAGUCUUGGAACAAUGAAUCAUCGAUUCCCCUUCAUCAAGAAAGAAAGUCACCUCGCCCAACUACGAGUGUAUGAAAGAGAAGGUAAUUUUUCAUGAUGAAAAAAACAAAAAAUAAUUUUAAAAUAAUAGGAAAAGUUGGAGUCGAUCGACGGAACGCUAUGAUUUUCAUUUCCAAAGAAUUAUCAAUUCGUGUGAAAGAAGAGUUGAAAAAAUGCAACAUUCUACACGACAGAGAUCUCCGAAUCAUGGCAUUGAAAAUUCAAAAAGAGAAUGGGCUCAAUUUUGAUUUUAAAUUUUCUGAUUCAUGGAUUCUUGCAUGGAAAAGGGGUCAUGGAAUAAGAUCGCGAAGAAUAACAAAAUUCGUUGCGAGAAGAAAUUUGGUCAAUCAAGACGAGAUUCAAAAGAAAUCCGACGAUUUUGUCGCCUCUGCAAUUAUCAAAAUGGCAUCCUAUUCGAAAUCUGAUGUUUUUAACAUGGACCAGUCUGGAUUCCAGUAUGAGAUGUUCACCAAGAGAACAUUGGCUCAAAAGGGUUGCAAGAAAGUGUUUGGUUGCGCUAAUUCAACUAGCGCCACUACACAUUCUUAUACAAUCCUACCGUUGGUAUCAGCUGCUGGAAAACUUCAUAAAACGGUGUUUGUUGUUUUACAAGAAUCAAAAGGUGUAUUUCCUGCAAAAGGUCAUUUCAUGGCACCGAAUUUGGUUGUUAGAGCAGGAAAAUCGCAUAUCAUGACGAAACAACACAUGAUCCAAUUUUUCAAUGAAGUAGUUUUUUCAAGCACCAUGCCUGAUAAGCUUCUUUUAAUUGGUGAUGCUUGGCCAUGUUGGAAAGAUUCAUCUGCUAUAGAUUCGGUAAAACCAGCGAAUAAAUCAUAUGAAAUGAUGCUGAUACCACCUGGAUGCACGGGAAUGAUUCAACCCUUGGAUGUUGGUGUUUUUUAUCACUACAAAAAACUCGUCAAAGAGUUCCAAGCUUUCGCGCAACGAGAACAUCCAGAGUUCAAACCCCAUCAGCGAGAUAAUGUUCUGAAGGUAAUUUUACGGCUUUACUGAAAGUUCGAAAAAAUUAUUCCAGAUCAUUUCCCUCGUGCACUCCCAGCUGACUUCAUCAAAACUUGACGAGUUUUUCAAGUAUGCAUGGUACGCAGGCAAAUAUGAAACAGUUCAUCCAGCUCCUUAUUUGACUCCGUAUCAACAUUGUUUUCCUUCUUCCGAGUUUGGCGAUUGUCAUCAUCCAAAUUGCAAGAACGUUUUUUUCAUCAAGUGUAUAAACUGUGAUAACUUCUUCUGUUUUGAACAUUUUGUUCUAGAUUUUCAUUACUGUAUUUGAUUUCUCUUGUUUUUUCUCCAUCUAUAUACUUUUUUUUACAUUUAUUGCAUGAAUUCAAGCUUUUUUUCAAAAAUCUACAGUAAUCCAAAAAAAAACAAAAAAAAUGUUGCAAAAAAUAUCGAACCCGCAUAGCGUUACCCCAAAGACCAGCACACUACCACUGUGCUAGGCGCUUCACAUUUUUAAUGGUGUUUAUUUCUCUCCAGUAUUUCGCUUUUUUUUCUUGCCGAAAAAUGCAUUUGCGUGACCCAAUUUUAGAUUGCGUCAAACUUUUCUCACAGGUCCAUUGGGAGACUAAAAAUUUGAGAGACUCAUUUUUAUCCGUAUAUCAAUGUACUGUAAAAAUUUCAUCAUGAUUUGAAGUGUUGAGUAAAAAAGGUUCCCUUGUAAAUCCUUUCAAAAUCUGAGUUUUGCAGAACAACUACGAGCAAAUGCAAUACAUCUACCCGCCAGUCAACGAUGAUCCAGCCACAAUCUUCUCGCUCGCUGUCUCAUAUCAAUCACCACCUGAUGAUUCGCCACUCUUUGUCCUAUGCUACAAUGAUGUUUGCUCAUUCACCUGGACUGGAGCCGAACACAUAAAUCAAGACAUAUACGAAUGUCGAACUUGUGGAAUUACUGGAUCGUUUUGUUGUUGUUCGGAAUGUGCGAUUAGUUGCCAUCGCAAUCAUGAUUGUAAGAUCAAGAAGUCGUGUCCGACAGCUUAUUGUGAUUGUUGGCAGAAAUGUGGAUGUAAAUCAUUGAUUAGUGGUAAUGAAAAAAUGAGAGAAUAUUUGUUUGUGCAAUUGUUGAAGCACACGGAAUUGUAUGAAUUGGCGAAUUCGAGAGGAGAACAUUUGAUGUUGUUUUUGGCGAGAACUGUUAUUCGACAAUAUCGAGAGCAGAAUGGGUUUCAGGUGGGUGAUUUUGAGCCCAAAAAUGAGCUCUGGAGCUUGAAAAAUGCACAUUUUUGACCUAGAAAUCAUGAAUUUAACCCCGGAAGCUUCUGGAGUUGAAAAGAAGUUGAAUUUCUGAAUUUUUGAUGGAAAUUGAGCUCUGGAGCAUGGUUUGGGCCAAAAAUACACUAGAAAUCAUGAAUUUUGAUGAAAAAUGAGCUCUCGACUCACAUCAAAAAAUUCCAAAUUUUCACCCAAAUUCCAAAUUUCAGGCCAAGAAAAAGAGCUCCCGCGCAAAUCGUCAAGAUUUGGAAGGUCUAACUCCACCGGAGCACGAUUUGAGUGCUCCAAAAUUCGCCAAAUUCGCCUUGGAUCAAUGUUGCAAAAAGCCGGAAGUUGUCAAAAGUGCCAUAAAUUUGGGAGCAAUUGAGUUGGAUUGGGAAGUGCCGAUGAGCCGAAAUGAUGUGUUAUUCAACACGCAAAGUAGUGCGGUGCAUUUGGAUCGGCUCACUUUUACAUUGAUGAAUAAGCGAGUGAAGGAGGUGAGCAUUUUGAGGCAAAAUUUGGAGCAUUUUGAGCUAAAAAUCAUGAAAAUUGACCUGGAAUUAGUCUUGAACGUUUCUAGCUUAAAAAUUAGCCGAAAUUGAAGCAUUUUCAGCUAAUGAUCAUGAUUUUCUGACCUGGGGUCAUUUUUUGAGCUGAAAAUCAUGAUUUUUCGACUCGGGACCAUUUUCUAAGCUAAAAGUCAUGAUUUUUUGACUCGGGACCAUUUUUUGAGCUGAAAAUCAUGAUUUUUCGACUUCGAGCUCCAGAUGCUCCUGACACAUAAAUUUCAAGAAAAAAAAAUUGAUUUUCAGUACACCGUGGCCAUUAUCAACACUCUCCGCGCGGAACUCUCAUCCGGAAAAGAAAACCGCGAUCCACACGUCGAAAAAUACACUGCGCGCUUUGUUCGAAGUAUAAUUCGAGUUCUCGUCCUCGCCAUCAAUGUCUCACCAAUUGCGGCAAGCAUUAUAAUGAGUGGAGAAGAAAUUGAGCAUACAACGAGCAGCUCUGCGAAUUCUGGCUCAUCUUCCAGUUUUGCACGGGAAACUAUUCGAUUCUCCAAUCUUAUUUCAUUAAAUGCGAUGGGAAUUAUACCGGUUUCGAGCAAAAAAGAUCAGCAGAAGGAUAAAUCGAGUCAGAUGAUUAGUUUUGUGUCGAGAAUAAUUGCGAUCUUGCGAAGUUUGCCGGUUUUUGCGAUUUUGGAAUUGGCACAGGCGGCUGAUUCGAUUUUCUCGCCUGUCAGAUUUGGAUUGGCUAGACCGAUUCAGAGUCCGAUUCUUGUUGGCGCGAAUUCGGAUCCGAUUGAUGUGAUGGAGAAGUAUUUUAGUAGUGAUGUGACGUUUGAAGAGGUUUUGAAGAAGGCGAGACGGGAGGAGAUGAAGCAGGAGAAGAGAGUUAGAAGGGUGAGUGUUUUUGGGGGGUUUUCACCCGGAAAAUCGAUUCUGGCGCGAUUUUUCACCCCAGAAAUGUUAACAGGCACUGGGGAUUGAUCCCCGGACCUUUUGGACACUAAAAAUUGGGAUUUUUAGCUGUUAGAACUUGAAAAAAAGUUUGGACUAUAAAUAUUCAGAAUUUCAAGAGGAAUCUAAAUUUUUGAUAUUCCCGAGCAAAUUUGGAGCAUUUUGAACCUAAAUAUAGUCUAGAUUGGGCUCAAAAUGCUCCAAAUGAAAUUCUGAACAUUUAGAGGUUAAAUGUAGUCUAGUUUCAAGCCAAAAACUGGAUUUUCAGCAAAAAUCUUGCAAAUUUCAGAACAGUCGCCGUGAUCAAAAUGAUCGAGAUCGAACCGAAUCCGAAAGACGCGAUUCAUCAAAUGAUCAAGACGAAGAAUCGCAAGAUGGGCUAAGUCGAAAUUCGACGGGAAAUCGAGGAGUUCGACGAACUCGAACUAGAAAUGUAUCAAUACCCGAAGAAAAUCCACAAGAAAUUCAACGAGAACCAGACGACGAGAUAGUUAGAGACGCAGAGAUGGAAGAGGAGGAGGAGGAAAAUGAAGAAGAAGAGGAUGAAGAAGAAGAUGAUGAUGAAGAAGAAGAGACGGUCCGAGGUGGAGAGACGCAGAGAGACGAGACGGUUAGAUUUAUCAAUGAUGAAGAUGAAGAGGAUGAGGAAGACGACGAUGAUGAUGAUGAUGAAGAAGAAGAGGGGGAAGAGACUGAGAGGGGAAGAGUCAGACCGGCAGAGUGGCAAUAUGAAGCGAGUAGUCCGUCGGAUGGAGAAGGAGAUGAUGAGGAGAGAAGGUAUGAGGGGGUUUUGGGGAGGGAAAUUGAUUUUUUGGGCCAAAAGUAGCCUAGAAACCAUGAAUUUUGAGCCCUGGAGCAUUUUUUUGACCUAAAGUACUCUUGAAAUCAUGAAUUUUGAGCUCUGGAGCUUGAAAAAUGCACAUUUUUAACCGAAAAUACACUGGAAAUCAUGAAUUUCAUUCUGAAAUUGAAAAUGAGAAAUUUAGGAUUUUUUUUAUGAAAAUUGAGCUCUGGAGCUUGUUUUUGCCUAGAAAUCAUGAAUUUUGAUGAAAAUUAAGCCCUGGAGCUUGAAAAUUUAUAAUUUUCAGCCUAGAAUGAUUUUCAGCCGCAAAAAUCUGACAUUCCAGAUCCAACGAUGCACCGCAAGACGAUAAUUCGAGUUCGCAACCAGCGUUCCGAAUUCCGCCACCAACAUCAGGCGGACCACCGAUUCCGGUUCAAAUUCCAAUAAAUUCGACAGUUCCGCAAGCGGAUCCGCGCGCAAAUCCGGUCGGACAAGACGAGGACGAUUUUCUGAGUCGACAACAUCAAAUUGCGUCGAGAUUCGGAUUGGGCGGUGGAAGUUCGACGAACUCAUCGGACAACACAACGACUUAUACAUUUAGAGGUGGAAGUUGGUCAUCGAGAGCGAGUACGACUUCAGCUGGAAGAUAUUUGCAGUAUAGAUUUGGAAGUUCGCCGAGAUAUGGAGAAACGAAUAGUGGUGAGAAAUCUGAUCAUUUUAAGCCUAAAUAUGGCCUUAAAAUGUCCUAGUGUAGGGCUUUCAAACGAGCCUAAAUAUGGACUAGUUUCGGGCUUUCAAAUGAGUCUAAAUAUGGCCUGAAAAUAGGCUAUAAAAUGAGCCUGAAAAUGGCCUAGUUUAGGGCUUUUGAACGAGCCUAAAUAUGGCCUAGUUUUAUGCUUGCUUAUCUCAAAUCUAGGCCAUAUUUAGGCUCAUUUAAAAGCCCAAAACCAGGCCUUAUAGGCCAUUUCUAGGCCCCUAAAAUUCGAAUUUCAAAUUCUUCAGGAUCUUCAACAUCAGCUGCACAAGCACCAUCAAAUGGAACAUCAACAUCAACUUCAACAACAUCCACUGAACCUUCAACAUCAGGACCAACAUCUUCUACUUCAGCUCCAGCCGCAAAAAAAGAGCCCGAAGAACCAAAAGCUCAACUUUCGAUAACUCGAAAACAUCUAGCGAUGACAUUUUCGCUUCUAACUCGCCUGGCUUGUGAUAUAAUUGCGAAAACACAUCAAAAGACGAAGAAGAUUUACGAUAACUCGCACGAGAUGACACUGAAAUUGUUCAAAAAUAUCCAGGAAUCAUUGAGAAGAUCGACCAAAGAGACGUUUGAUUGGAUGUUUAUGGUGUUGGAUUCAACGGAGGCAAAACUCAGGUUUAAUGCGCAGUUUUUGGAGCAUUUGGGAGCUCAGGGAGCAGCUGGAGAUACCGGAACUUCACAAGCUUCUGCUGAUGGACGACGCGAUGCGUUUGGAUAUAUUUUUGGUCUUAUGAGAGGUUGUGGCAAUGAUGCCAGGGAUCGAUUGGCUGAGGUGGAUUUGGAGAUUUUGGAAGCGGUUGGGCUGGUUUUGGAUGCGUAUUUGGUUGUGGAGGAGUGUGGAAAGCAGAAGAGAAUUGUGAGUGGAAUUUUUGGGGUUUUUUGAGUCCCCACAAGCCUUGGGGGAUUUUUGAGCCCAAAAUUUAGGCCAGACCUCAAAAUUUGGGAUUUUUUGAAUCUAGAUAAGCCUAGACCUGGAAAAUCCACGUUUUUUGAGUCUAGAUAAGCCUGGACCUGGAAAAUCAACGUUUUUUGAGAUCUCACAAGCCUGGUUUUUGAGCUCAAAAUUUGGGCCAGACCUGAAAAUUUGGGGAUUUUCCGAAAGUUUUAUCUGAAAAUUCUGGAAAUUUCCGUUUAAAAUUAUAAAAUUUUGAGAAAUUAACCUCUUUAUAAAAUCCCGUUGGUAUACAUUGAUUAUAAUUUUUUUCGCACAUUUUUUCACCAUUUUUUUCACAUUUCUUCAGAAAUUUUAAAAAUCAUACCUAGCGGAUAUAGGAAAAUGCUUCGACCGGGAAUCGAACCCGUCAAAAAUGCUCUGAUCACAAGACAGAGUCACGUACCACUUGACCACGAAUGCCUACGUGAAAACCUGUUUAUUUCUUUAAUGAUCAUUUUGAAAAUGCGAAAAAAAAUGAUUUUUCUUUGAAAUUUGGAAUUUUUGAGGAUUUGUAUAACUGUUUCGCCUAGGGGCACCGCCCCUAGUUCAUCAAAAUUAAAAAAAAUCCUAAUUUUCUGAAAUUUUUGGGUGAAAAUCCUGAAAUUUAAUUUCAGGCGAAUCUGGAUCCUUCUUAAUUUCAAAAAUCAACAAAUUUUUCAUAACCGUAAAGUCAAUCCAUUGAUUUUUUUUCUUUUUGAAAAAAACGAUAUGAAAUUUUUGAAACGUAUUUUUUUAGACAAAAAUUUUCGAGGUAAAAUGCGGUUUUUUUCAAAUUUUCCUUUAAAAAAUCUAGGGUCUAGAUGCUUUUGGGCUCAAAAGUUAGGUCAGACCUGAAAAUUUGGGAUUUUCUGAAAGUUUUAGCUGAAAAUUCUGGAAAUUUCCGUUUAAAAUUCUAAAAUUUGCUGAAAUUUUCAGAAAAUUCAUCAAACUUUGAAAAAAUCUAAAUUUUCAGCUAAAAUUCUGAAAUUCAAUUUCUUAAUUCUAAAAAUCGGUGAAUUUCCUAGAAAAUCUUGAAAUUUCUGUUAAAAAUUCAUGAAAAUCUUCAAAUUUUCACCAAAAAUUCCCAAAUUACAGGAUCUCAAAAUGCUGAUCGAUCAAUUCGAAGACGCUAGUUGCCCUCGCUUCAAACAACAACACUCCGCCGUUGACGCCGAUUUGCUUUGCGGAUUCUUCCGCAGACCUCUGAGCAUGCAAUUUGUUGGUGAUUUCUUCGAUGGAGCAUGGAAUACGUUGUCGGGAAGAGAAAAUAUGAGAAUGUUGAGAAUUGAGCAGGAUGUGGGUUGUUCUUUGGGCUUGGGAUGGAAAUUUGCGGGUUUUUUGAGCCUAGAUAAGUCUAGUUUUGAAAAUUUGGGAUUUUUUGAAUCUAGAUAAGCCUGGGCUUGAAAAAUCCCCUUUUUCAAGCCUAAUAGGGCCCUCUCUAAGCUCGCAACUUAGCCUUACUCUAUCAUUUUUCCAGAUUCCACUUGUCGAAAGACCCGAUAUGCUUUCAAUCGAUGCUGAUCACUCUGCCUACUUCAGACCACAAGAAUUUGAAUUUUUGAAAAUGUCGAAGAGAAAGUUUUUGAAGGUUAGUUGGUUUUUUGGGGUGGAAAUGAGCCUGAAACGGGCCUUAAAACGGGCCAAAUUUAGGCUUAACCCUUAUCUACUAUAGGCCCGAAAGACCUUAAGCCUUAAGCCUACAAAAAGCCCAUUUUCCAGAAUUCGAAUCGCUGUGAAAUGUACUACGCACUCCCCAAUUCGGAAGCCCACAAACAAUCAAUCGAAUCGCAAAUCAAAGAUCACUACCAAGGAAUCCUCGACCGCCCCAACCCACCAACCCAUCAUUCACAGGCGCCCGAAUCCGGCUCAGAAACUGGGGCCGUCGCGAAAAUGCGGGCUCGCCUCCAAGCCGAAGCCUUGCCAAUUUUUUCGACUUAUCAAAAGUGCAUCGAAACCAUCGCCCAACAACAUUAUGAUGGAAUCUGUGAAGCAUUGGGAAAUGAAUCGAGUAAAUCUGGAUUGCUUCAGAGAAUUGCGAGAUUCGGAGUGAAACAUCAGCAGAUCAUAAAAUCAGCGGAGAAAUAUCGAAGUUGUCAUUCGAGUCAGAAAGAAGUAACUUUAGAUGUUCAUCGAGAUCAAUGUCAAUUAGUUAUUGACACGAUGCUUUUCCUCAAUCAGAUUUAUAAUCAGAAAGUGUCGGCGAUACGUCAUCUCGAUUCUCCAAUGUGUCCACUUGCUGGAACUCGCCUUCGCGUCAGAUUCAUUGAUGAACCCGGUGAGGGAACUGGAGUUACGCGAAGUUAUUAUACGGCGUUGGCGGAGGCUUGUAUGACACUGGCACAAUCACCGUUUAAUGAUAUUCGCAGAGAUGAUCUGGAUGAGAUAACGAGCUCGUUGAAUUGGCAAUUGAAUUCGUGUCUAACUCGUGAGUAGGCUUGAAAAAUCGAAAAAAAAAGAGGGUUUUUCCCCUUGAAAAAUUGAAGAAAAAUGAUUCCAGCUCAGAAUUUUGCUCUGAAAAUCAUGUAAAUCGCUAUUUUCAAGUUUUGCAUGAUUAUCAGCGCAAAUUUUUAGCUGUGAAACUUUUUUGACUGAAAAUUUUGGGAUUUUCAGAGAAUUUCCAGAAAAAUACUUGAAAUUGAACAAAAUUCUGGAUUUUUUAGCUGAAAAUCUGCAAUUUUCAGCCUAGGCUUUUUUAGGCUCAAACGUUCCAGAAUUUCAGGCCUAGUCAAAUUUGGGCUCAAAAAGUCAGCAAUUUUCAGCCUAGCCUCAAAAAAAUCACAAAAAUGUUUGAAAUCUCUAUUUACAGUCCAACAAUUCCAACUAAAAGCUCGAAGAUACCGAAGAGAAAAAGCUCAACGUCUCCGAAAUGCCAUGGAUAAACUUCGAACCUUCUCGCCGAACCUAACUGCUCUAAAAUUCACCAACGAAAAAUUGGUGGAAAGUCUGAAGAAAAUGGGCGUCGAAAAUGCUGAGGAAAUGAUCCAAACGGUUCAAGAAGAAGCUCAAAAAUAUGUGAAAAACGGGGGAUCCAACGCGAUGUUGGCUCAGCGAAUUUGCACAAUUUUGUGCCAACUUCCACCCGAAUAUUUGCGAAAUUGCGCCGAAAAUCAGGAUUCGUUGAGAUGUCAUAUUCAACAGAUUCUUGUGGAGCUCCGCGCUGACGCAGACUUCAAUUUUGACCCCGAUUAUGAGCCCGAACCAAAUAUGAGUAGCGAGGGAUUGGAUGCUAUUUGGGCCGAGAUUCAUGGCCCCGAACAAGGUCCACUUUUCGUCAAAUCGCCUAAUGGUUAUACCUAUGUCCCAGCGGCCCAGGGCCCAAAUAGAAGCCUUGUUCGCCUCUCGGCCUAUCGAAACAUCGGACGGGUUAUGGGCAUCUGUAUAAGCCAGGGUGAUAUUUUCCCACUUCGAUUUGCACGCCAUGUUUUUGCCUAUAUCCUACGACAACCAAUCACUUGGCUCGAUUUUGGAUUCUUUGAUCCGGAAGUUUUCAACUCGUUGAGAUGUUUGAUGUGUGGAAAUCAGGAGGAGGAGGAGACUUUUGCGUGUGCCACGUUUUCGGUUGAUUUGAUGAGCAAGGUGAGGAUUUGGGCUUUUUUGGGCACGAAAACUAGGCUUUUCUACGUGAAAAAUGAACCUAAGCACGAUUUUUGAAGUCUGGAAUUGAAUUUGGGAUUUUCUGCGUUGAAAAUGGUCCAAAAUUCGAUUUUUGAAGCCUGAAACUGAUUUCAGGCUUUUCUACGUAGAAAAUGGUCCAAAUUUAGGCUAACUAGGAUUUUUGAAAGCCUGAAAUCAAAUUGGAGAUUUUCAUGGCCUUUAUACGUGAAAAAUGAACCAAAAUAAGCCUAAUUUCAAGAAUUUUGGUCAAAAACAAGCCUAAGUACGAUUUUUCAAAGCCUGAAACUGAUUGCAGGCUUUUCUGCAUGAAAAUGGCCCAAAUUUAGGCUAACUAGGAUUUUUCGAAGCCUGAAAUUGAAUUCAGGUUUUUCUGCGUCGAAAAUGAUCCAAAAUGAGCCCGAUUUUAAGUUUUGAGGCCUGAAUUCAGUUUUAGGCCUGUCUAGGCUCGGUGCCUUGCAAAAAACCGCCGCCUAGACACCGAAAAUAUCUCCCAAAGCGCUAUCCCUUGACAAGGCACCUGUCAAGGGACAGCGCCUAGAGGCUCUAUCUGGCUAGCAGCAACCCCUAGACAUCAUUUUUCUUCUAUUUUUCAACCUUAAUUUAAUUUCAGGAUUCUUCCCAAAUCAUCGAAACAAUCGAUCUCAAACCGGAUGGUCGAAACAUUGCCGUCACCAAAGAAAACGUCACCGAAUACAUCUACAGAUAUGUGGAUCGUAUUUUAUUGGGACACAAUUUGGGAGCCUUGGAAGCUAUUCGCGAAGGAAUUCUCGAUGUUAUUCCUGAAUCCAUGUUGGCUGGUUUGAAUCCCGAAGAUCUCAAAUUGAUUUUGUGUGGAACUGAGCAGAUCUGCAUCGAGACUUUGCAGGCGAACACGGUGUUUUUGGACGAAUCGCGUGCGAAUUCGGAGAUUUUGGCGAAAUUCAAGCAAAGCUUCUGGCAAGUUGUCGAAAGUCUCAGCCGAGAAGAGAAGCAGGAUUUGAUUUUCUUCUGGACCGGUUCGGCAAGUUUGCCCGGUGAAUGGCAGACGAAUGCGAGUGUUAUGUUGAGACCGCAAGAGGAUAUGCUCCUACCAACUGCCAAUACGUGUAUUUCGAGAUUGUAUGUGCCGGUUUAUUCGACGAAACGCAUUUUGAAGUCGAAAUUGUUGAUGGCGAUCAAGGCCAAGAAUUUUGGAUUUGUCUGGUGAGUUGUUUGGGCGGAUUUGAGUUUAAAAUCAUGAAAAUUGGACAAUGAGCUAGAAAUCAAGAGAACUGGCCUAGGAGCUUAAAAAUUGUGAAAUUCUGUAGAAAUGGAAAAUUUUAAGCCAGAAAUCAUGAAAAUUGGACAAUUUUGAGCCUAGUAGCUUGAAAAUUGCGAAAAUUAACGAUUUUAAGCUAGAAAUCAUGAUAAUUUGGGUUUUUGAGCCUAGAAGCUUGAAAAUUUAGGGAAUUCUAUAAAAAUGAUCGAUUUUGAGCCAGAAAUCGUAAAUUUGAAGCCUAUGAACUCCAAAAUAGUGAAAUUCUGUAGAAAUGGCGAAUUUUAAGCCAGAAAUCAUGAAAUUUGGACAAUUUAGAGCACAAGAGCUUGAAAAUUGAAAAAAAAAGACCGAUUUUGAGCCAGCAAUCAUGAAUUCUGGACAAUUUUGAUCCUAAAAACUAGGCUUUUCUCUAAAAAUCAAAAAUUUCAACAAAAUUCCAAAUUGCCACGUCAUAACUCAUUUUUUCCAGAUUCCCGACAUCCCCACACAUCCUCAAUUUUUUAUUGA